AUGGCACACGAGCAUGAUGCCCAACAGGAGACUGUAGGCCCUGCUGAUCCCCUGACAGAAGCCAACGCGAUAGGUAAUUCUGAGUCAGCCUUGCCCGUCUCGGCUGCCGCUGGGGAUGAGGAGAUAGACCUGGAAGAAUCCGAGGAGAAGCGCACUGAGAGGGAAGAAGUGCGGCGCACGCAGAGCCAUACAACCGAUAUCAGUACCGUGACUCGCGCCGCCACCUCCGCCUUCGACAAGAACUGCGAAACGAAGAAGUCCUGGUACAAGACACCGAAUCCGUUGCGAUGGGGACGCAUACCCCCCGUGCCCGAAAAGCGUGAGGAGUCCAGGGAGUAUAAGGCUGGCUUCUUUAGCAAACUGACGUUUCAGUGGAUGGCACCGUUGAUGAAUGUUCGUGAGCUCGAGUUCGUGUGA